AUGUCCAAACUGGAUCCGAACAAUUGCUUUUCGGCUCAGAACAUCACUCGAUUUGUAUCAGUCCUUGAUGGGCCACAGGCCGUCAGUCGACAGCUUGGCAGAUUAGAUAGGUCUCCUGAGGUUGGUUUCAUUCGAAAGAAAGGCCAUCAAUUGGUCGAUGGGGAUGGGCACACGCCAUUCAAAAUCGUAGGGCCUAAUAUCUAUUGGCUGGGACUCGAUGAGAAUGUUUCACCUAGUCCAUCCUAUCCAUCUCAAACCAGAGUUUUGGAGGCUCUUGCUACAGCAGCUAUCAUGGGAUCCACUGUAGUAAGAGCCACCACUCUAGGUAUCUCAGUUGGCACCCCAUUAUCAGUUUGGCCUACGAGGAAUAACACCAACAACGACGCACUGGACGUGAUAUCGUUUGCGAUCUAUGCUGCCAAAAGAUACGGCCUGAGAUUAAUAAUCCCAAUCACCGACCAAUACGAGUACUAUCACGGCGGAUUCAAAACUUUCCUGAAAUGGCGCUCGAUUCCAGACUCCGACUACAGAACGUUUUAUGAUAUAAAAUCUGAUGUUUAUAAGGAUUUUUUGCUCUACUUGGAAACAAUCUUUAAUCACGUUAAUCCUUAUACUCAAGUUAGGAUUAAAGAUGAACCUACAAUUAUGUUUUGGGAGACGGGUAACGAGUUGGAUGAUCCUGCUACAGCCUGGACUGAGGCAAUUUCGCAAUGGAUCCACACCAAAGCCCCCAACCAUCUAGUUUCUAGUGGAAGGUACGGUAUCUCGACUAAAGACCUAAAAAUUAGCACGAUUGAUGCUGUGACUAAUCACUUUUAUCCGCCUCGAGCAGACAAAUAUAAUUCCGAUGCUGCGCUGGCUGCGUCACACGGGAAGGUCUACUAUGCUGGCGAGUAUGACUGGUCAGGUCGAGCGAAAUCAUGGGGACUACUCGGCUGGGUACUUGUCCCAAUUUUCCUAGGCUUGCUGGCUCUCUUGAUUGGGGGUUGUGGAAAAUGCUUUCCGAUCGUCUUUGAAUGGACGACUCAUAAAGCUCAAAAGCCCGGCCAGACUAAACCGCAACGCCACCGUUCCUUGACCAUCCGACAAUCUCACGUGGCCAUCCUCAUGAUCUUUAUCGUCUCCCCCAUUACGGCAGGUAUCAUCUACGCUUGCUCUAUCAAGGGUACUGGGAUUGAAGCGUUCUUGGCCGAGACAGAACUACCCAAUUCCAAUGGCUCUGGAGAUUUGUUUUGGAGUUUAUUUGGCCAUGACGAUCGAUGUUGCGAUUGGGUUGAUCAUACCGAUGGUUUCACGAUGCAUUUUCCGGGUCGCAAUGAUGAUGAACGAGGUUCUGUUGCGAGGAUUAUGCAACAUACCUACACAAUGAGAAGACAGGUCUUCGGUCCAAAGGACAACUUGAAUCCCAAGAUUGAGGGUGAUCACCAAGAUUGGUUUGGUAUUGGGGAUCGUGUUUUGGUUAAAUGUCCUCAAUCAUUGGACAAAUAA